AUGCAAGUGAAGUGUGGCGUGGAGGGGACCAGGACAGACUCUUUGACUGUGCCGCAGUCGAGACGGAUGGCAGAACAAAAAAAGAAAAGGUCUGAAGAGUCAGAGAAAAAGAAAAGGAAAUUGAAGGAACUGGUGGCAGGUGAGGGGCCUCUUGCACCAGAGAAGCACCAGAAGAAAAAGAAACGGAGUGCAAAGAUAUCCUCAGACUCUUUGGAUACAGAAGUUUCUCAGGUGGAUGUAGCAAGUGAUGAAGAAAAGCAAGAGGAACAGGAACUGACCCCAGAGGAAAGGAGAACCCUGGAAAGAAAACUGAAGAAAGAACGGAAGAAAGAACAAAGGAAGCAGCUUAAGGAAGCAGGAAUUCAUGUUGAGAAAGAAAAACCUCAAAAACCAUCAGGAGCUGAGUUGGCCUUGGACUAUCUCAUCAGCUGGGCCAAUAACCGUGAGGAAUGGAAGUUUCAGAAGACAAGGCAAACCUGGCUCCUGCUUCACAUGUAUGACAGCAAUAAGGUCCCAGACGAGCAUUUCUCCAUUUUGCUGGACUACCUGGAGGGUCUCCAAGGAAGGGCCCGCGAGAUGACGGUGCAGAAAGCUGAGGCCCUGGUGAAGAGCCUGGACGCUGCAGAGCCCGAAGACUCGGCCUUGCCCGAGAAGAGGGAGAGAAUCCGACAAGUCCUCCAGCUGCUGUCCUAAAAGGGGACGAGCCAGCAUCUGUGUGGCUCCAUCCCGGGAGGAAGGUGGCCUUCCCAAAGCCCAGGAAAGAUGGCUCCCCCUCCUCCCACACGAGGGGGUGUGCAUGUGUGUGUGCGUGUGUGUGUGUGCGUGUGUGUGUGCACAAACAACAGAGUAUUUUUGUGAAAAGAUCAUCUGACCUUCUCCGGAGCAGCUUAUCAGGAAGAAGCAAAGACAGCUUUGUCGUUCAAAGCUAUCAUUUCCCACUCCAGACUCCAUCGUUGGAUGUGUCUGGUGAUCUCUUUUUUGAGGAUCUGAUCUUGUCUGGGAUACGAGAAGAAGGUCCUUUAGUAUUUUUUAAUGUCCCUGGAUCAGGGUAUCCUCCCCCUGAAAUGAUGUAAAGGGAUCCAAACUGUUGGCUUCAGAGCAGGGCCUUCCCCUGCCAGCUGUAAUCCAUCACUGUCAGCCUCGUGUGCAUACGUGGGAUGUGGAGGUCCCACAAGGCGAGCGUAAUAAAUUUGGGGUAGUGACCUGUCUGCGUUCGGCACGGGAUCUCGGAGCUGUGGCGCGUCUCUGGCUUUAUCUCCUCCUUCUCCAGCUUUCCACAACACUUGUUGCUUGGUUACGGCGCAAACAUCAGAGUGGGGUGCUGGUGGGGGAAGGCUAUUAAUCAACCAGAUCAUGUACCUGGAUGGGCAGAAAUUGAAUGGGUUGGCCUUAUUUUUAAUAAAAACAAAGCCCGGCCAUGGUGCCAUUAACUCUCAUUUUACUGCCUGUUCCACUUCAUUUUUCCACUUGCCUGGUGUAAUUGCCUUUGGAUAGAGUUAAUUUGUACUCCGUGCCUGUGACAUCUAUAUGAAUUGUGGUCAUCUCCAAGGAGGAGCGUCCCCGAAACCUUCUCGAAAGAAAAACAAAAACAUUAAUUACCACCAGGAGUUCCUGGGGUUGAAGAUCUGACUUGAAUAACGGUACUAAUUGACCACUUGUUCCUCGCCAGU